GGACGAGUUUGUGUCACAUGGCCCUCGUCACGUGGCCCCUGAGGAAAAAGGGGUGAUUUUUGGUGUAAAUCUAGACUGUAAUUCUGUAAUAUAUCACAGUACCUCGUAAAACCGACAGUAAAACCUCCCGGCCUACAAAUCACCGGUCAAAUUAUGAGUUCAUUGUAUUAUGCGAACGCUUUGUUUUCCAAAUAUCAAGCUGCAAGUUCGGUUAUUCCAAGUGGGGUCUUUCCCGAGCAAACUUCUUGCGCCUUUGCGUCCAGUUCACCGGGAGCCAGCAGCUAUGUCUCGGGCUCCGGCGGCGCAGGCUUCUCUUCCUCUUCCUCCACACUGUCCGGACUGUACAAUAACGCAGGGAACAUGCCCACCCAAACCCGCAGCAUGUAUCCCUCUGCGUACGGGCUGGGCACCGGCUCUCUGAACAUGCACUGCUCCCACUUUGAACACCCCAACCUCUCCAUGAUUUGCUCCGGUGGUGACCCGUCCAAGGUGUCCAGCUGCGGUAAGGCGGAGCAGAGACAGAACGAGGACAGUUUACGGAUCUACCCAUGGAUGAGAACCUCAGGUGCAGACAGGAAGCGAGGUCGACAGACGUACACACGUUACCAGACGCUGGAGCUUGAGAAGGAGUUCCACUUCAAUCGCUACCUGACUCGCCGAAGACGCAUAGAGAUCGCUCACGCGCUGUGUCUCACCGAGAGGCAGAUCAAAAUCUGGUUCCAGAACCGGAGGAUGAAGUGGAAGAAGGAGAACAAGACGCCCGGACGGAGCUCCCCUGCAGCCGAACCGCCGGGGGGCGAGGAGGACGAAGAUGAAGACGAGUAGCGACGGCGAAAGGACGGUGAAAAGACUAAUGGGCACUACAUGAGACUGAUAUUAUAUUAAAACCGUAGGGGGAAACUGUGUCUCCCCUAUUCUUACACUGAGUUAAACAUACAAUACUACCUACAAGAUUAAUGAUUUAUUCAUGUAGUCUAAAGCCACGUCUUGUUUUGUUAAAAGUACAGUGAAAUUGUAUAGAUAAAAAAAUGACAUUGAUUUCUAAGCGAUACUAAAUAAGCUAUUGUUGCUUACAUGUUGAUUUAAAUAAAUAUUAUCCCGUUUUCUUUGGCAUAGAUCUGUAAUAUUGCAAAACCCUGGUUGGGAAAACUAGCCUGUUUGCGAGAAAAGGGAUCGGCUUUGCAGCAGUUAUGCAACUCUACGAUCAGCCUUGCUAUUCUAUGUUCAUUCUCAUCUUGUGAUCUUCUGGGUGUAUAUUUUAUGACUUGUUGUAAAGGGCUUUUACCCCUAUGUCAAUUGAUUUGACGUAUUUUGUUUUUAUUCUCGACAUGUAGGCCUACAGUGGACCACGAGAUGUAGGAAUUUGUAUAUUUUCGUGUUGUGAGGAACUAUUUGUUAUUCAAUUGCACAAGUGUUCUUUCUGUUCAUGCCAAUAAAACAAAAAGUAAUCAAUUGCAAA